AUGGUUAUACGGAAUAAACUAGCUAAUUUCCUUUUUUUUUUUUUUUUAUGUUUUUUUUUUUUUCAUCAUAUUUGUGGAAUACAUUACAAUACUAUUCAUAAGAAAAUUGCACACACAAAAAAUGAGCUAGCUUUUUUUAAUUAUAAAGAAUAUAAAAAAAAAAAAAAGCAAAUUAAUGAUCGUAAAUAUGAUAUACUUUAUUUUCCUUUAAAAUUGGACAACUUUCAUAAAAAAAGGGAAAUUAAUAACAUUAAUUAUCAUAGAAAUAAUAGUAAUAAUUACAGCCAAUAUAUAUAUGACAUAAAAUCAAAAAAAAAAAAUGUGCAUGAAUUUUUUUGCACUAGCUUGUUAAAAAAAUAUAUAUUUUUUAUAAAUAUAGCAAGUAACAAUGGAAUACGAAAUAAAUUCUAUAAAUGGAGAAAUGAAAAAAAACAUAUUUUUACAAUAAAGAAUAAAUUUCACUUAAACGAAAAUGGAAAAAAAGAAGAGAUGGGGAAUAAAAAUGAAAAUAUGGAACAAAAAUGUAAUAUGGAGAAAGUGAAUGAAGUGGACAAAGAAAAACAAAACAGAUUAAUUGAUAAUAUGAAAAAAAAUUACUUAAGUAUAAAAUAUGUGGAUGAAAAAAAUGAGAACAGUGAUAUUUCAUUAACAAUAGGAAUAAAAAGUAAACUUCGGGAAUAUUAUUACGAUAAAUGUGUAAAAGAAUAUAAAAAUAUAAAAUUGAAAGAAAAUAAAUAUGAAUAUUCCUAUUUAAAUGAUGUUCCGAUUAAUAAUUUAAUUAAUUAUAUAGAUAAAAAUGAAUAUUUUAAAAUAUUUUUAAAAUAUAUUAAUGAAGAUAUUAUAAAAGUUUAUAAAAAAAUGAACAACCUAUAUUUAAUAGGUGCACCUAGAUUAUUGAAUAAAAUUGAUCAUAUAAAUAUAAGUAAGUUUGAUGAUAUAGUUUUAAAUUUUUCUAUUGAUAUAUUUCCAAUAAUAAAGUUUAACAGACCAUAUAUUAAUUUGGAUAUAGUUGUAAAGGUACCACCAUAUGAAAAAGGUAAUACUUUUAAAGAAUUUUUAAAGUAUAUUAAUAAUGAACUCGAAAUUAAAAUCGAUACUGAUAAAAAUCACAAAGUUGAUUGGAAUAAUGAUGUAUAUAUAAAUGUUUCAAAGGGGUGGGUUUACAGUUUUAAUAAUACUUAUUAUGAUGAAUUUUGUAGUUUAAAUAACUGUUUUAGUGAGAAGAAAGAAAAAGUGGAAAAUUACGAAAAUAUUAGUAUUGAGGAAGUAAACAAAUUUGGAAGCAACAAAAUAAGCGAAUUAAUAGAUGUGGAUAAAGAUGAAGAAAAAUUUAUAAACAAUUCAGAUUAUUAUAAUAAAGAAAUGAAGGAAGGGAACGAUACGACUUCAUUAUCUCGUGAAGAAGAUGAAAUAUAUUUUAACAAUACAAAUGAUGAUGUAAAUCAUUAUGGUAAAUUUGGAAAUAAAAAUUAUAAAAAUUAUUACAACGAACUUUUAAAAAAUUCAGAGUAUAUGAAUUAUUUUAAAGAAGGAUAUCAAUUACCUAGUGAAGCUAUAUCUAUGGAAAAUACGAUUGUAUCAAUAAAAGAAAAUUACAAUCCAAUUGGUUUUAAUGAAUCUUUAAUAGGAAUGGGUAAAAAUGAUAAAAAAAAUAUCACAGUAUAUAUACCUGUAAAUUUAUUCCAAGAUUAUUUUAAAAAUCAACAAAAAAAAAAUGAUGGGAAUGAUAGCAUUAUUACAAUCGAUAAGGAUACAAAAAAAGACCUUGAAAAUAUGAACGAAAUUAGCAAAGAUAGUAUAAAUAAAUUUCGAGAAAUUAUUUAUAUGGAAAUUAAAAAAUUAAAAAAUAACAAAGUUUUUGAUAAACUCGAAUCAAUUUUAAAAAGUAAUGAAAAUAAAUUUUUUGACAACAAUAAUUUGGAGAAAUAUCUAAAAAAAGAUGAGACAAGCCCAAAUGAAAAUGAUGGUAAAGAAGAAGAAAUUACAAAAAAAAUGAAUGAAAAAAAUGAUAAAACAGGGGAAAUAUAUUACCUUCCAAACAAGGAAGAAGAUAUUGAAUAUAUCCUUGAAAAUGACAACGAGUUUGAUGAAGAAAUGGAAAACAAAGAAACAAAUGUAAAUGAUAAUGAUGACGAAUUAAACUUUAAGAAAAAUUUUGAUAAAUAUCUAGAAGAAAUAUUAAAAGAAAAUAUGAAUUCACUUGAUAAAAAAAUUCCAUCAUAUAAUAAUGAAAACAGUAAAACAAAAGAAAUUUUUGAAAAUCUGUGUGAUCCUAAUGAUUAUGAUAAAGCUGAUGAUAUUGAUGAAACAUUAAAUGAUUAUAUAUUAGGAAAAAGCGAUUUAAUUAAAUGUGUAUUAGAAGUAAAUGUAAUUGAUAUAAAAAUGCGAAAAAGUGGAACAGAAAAAAUAGAUGAUUAUAUUUUUAAAAAGUAUAAUAAAACAAAAGAUGAGUUAUAUACAGAAAUUGAAAACAGAGCAAUGAUAGAUAUUCAAAAUAAAUGUGUUGAACAAAGAAGAAUGGGAGCAUAUAAAAAAUUAAUGGAAAUAACUUCGUUAAAUGUACCUAUAACUUUGUUUCGUGCACAAGGGAAAAAAUUAUACGCAAAUUAUUUGAAAAAAAAGGAAAUGCAAGGUAAAAAUAUCGAAGAAAAUAAUAACGGAACGGAGAAAAUACUAACAUUUGAAGAGUUUAUUAAUAAAUCCCAACGGGAAAUAUAUGAUCAAAUUAUAUUUUCUUUCAUAGUAAAAUCUAUAUUCCAUAAUUCAAAAUUAAAAUUAAAUUAUGAUGAACUAAUAAAAGAAGUUAUUAAAACGUUAAUUAAAACGCCUACAUAUAAUAUCAAAACCAUAAUUAAGCAAAUAUAUACUAUUCAUCAAGCUCAAUGUGUAUUAGAUUUUGUUUCCUUAAAUUCAAACAUUUUACAUGAAACAGAUAAUAGUUCAUCUGUUAAUUUUUCAGUUAGUUUGAAAAAGGGAUCUUCUUAUUCAAAAGAAGAUUUUAUAAAUGACGAUGAUCAUCAGGCAAUUUCUAAUAAUAGCUUUAAUGAUAGGGGAGAAAAAAAAAAUAAUGAGGAAUCAAUAUUGCGUGAUGAUAAAAUAGAAAAGGGAAAUAAUGUGAAUAGUGAUUUACUAAACAAUAAUGAAAAGAAAGAAGAAAAAAUUUUUAAUUUUAAUGACGAAGCAAAUUUUAUAGUUGAGAAAAAAAAAGAAAACGAUGAAAAUAUUGAACUUGAAUAUUUCACAUUUAAAAAAGGUGCUAAUUAUACGAAAUAUUUUGAGGAGAAGAGAAAAUGA